AUGAGCUAUCUGCAGUCGAAGGGAGGCGUCACACCGGGCAGCUACUACGACGGCAUGAUGUUGGCCGGUGCGGCCGAUUAUUAUGGCGGCGAGAAGUACAUACGGCCCGACAUUAGCUUCGAAUCGACACACGAUCUGUACACGCAGGCCCAGCUGCAACGUGCACAGGAACUGAACCUACAGCAGCACUAUCAGCUGCAAAACAUCGAUCGCAGCUUGGCAACGAUGCAGGACCAGCAACCGCAGGAUGCUUCCCCCCAAUCGCCCAUGAUCGGCAGGGGUGGCAUGGAGACGAAGUGGGCCUCGACGCCAACGGCUGGUGGUAAUGAUACGGCGGGAUACUUGAAUGGGCGCAUGAAGAACGAAGGCUCCAGCGAGCGGUUGGACACGAAGAAUCUGAUCCGAACGGCCGAAGGAAACCGUAAAGCGGACAGUUUGGCUAGAUUGGAUGCACUCAAGCAACAGUUGACCGAGCUGGAAAAACAAUACGAAAAGGAAAAACCGUUGAUCAAUUUGGUCGACAAUAUGGUUAAGCUGGGCAGCUUAUACCGUGGCCCGAUCGGUGGUAAGAAGCAGCUACAGUCACCCGAGUCUGCCACACUGGAUCGAUUGGAGUUCAACCAAAGGAUGCAAGAGCGACGUUUGUUGCAGGAAGAGCAGCGUCAAUGGGACCGAACCAGCCCGAACCACGUGGAAUUACAGUCGAAAGUGCAACAGCUGUACCAGAUCGAUAAACUGAUGCAGGAAGAGUCGGGCACCCUGCAGGCAUUGCAAAGGGAUAAAGAAAAUUUGGAAAAAGCCCUUGCUAUGUUGAAAACAAAGGUUUUAAAUCGCGAAAGUGGAAACAUGCCGAUGGCCAUGGAUACAGCCAGACAGCAGCAGCAUACGCUGGAACGCGAAUUAACACGUGUGCAUCAGUUGCUGGCAGCGAACUCAAAGAAACUGGAGAAAACGGUAUCCACAAACGCACGAUUGGAACAGGAACUGCUGGUCUUGCGCCAAAAGCUUCAAGCGACCCGUGAACAUCGUUCAAUGCAAUCCGUGUUUGAUUCAGCGUCCGCGAUCGAUCACCAGUACAUGCCCGGCUCGGUAACUGCUGUGCUGGAAUCCGAAUUGAAGCGAGCCAAGCUGUUGGUAGGCGAUAUGCAACGUCAGCGCCAGGAGCUUGGACAAGCCGUACGUCAGCUAACGUCGUACAGCGCUGCCGAUACCAAUGGCUCUCAAAUGUUGGACCACCUUCACGCCGAUGAGCAACAUUUGCAGUUACCGCCGGAACAGCGAGAGCAACAAUCGAUGGGAUCAAAGCACAAGCGAAGUUACUCAUCCUCCUGGGUAGAGACGGAUCUGGAUUCUAUGGCCGGGAAAGAGUCAUCAGCACCCACCAACAGCCAUCGGGCACUAUCCUCUUCGUCAUCGAGCGUUCUGACGAUAGACGAUGAGAUGCAGAACCUAUUCCUUCCCAGCAGCCGCAGCAAAGACCCAAUGGAAGGGAUGGAAUCGAUGGAUGAACUGUACGCAGCUGGAUCUGCGUACGGCUAUGGUGCCGGUACGAUGAAUGCUGCCGACAAGCAGGAAAUUAAAACAGUUCGCAUCGUAAAACGCGAAUCCGAGCGUCGGACGCGAGACAAGGAGAAGAACGAUCGUAAUCUUGCGCUGAGCCUGGACCAGGUGCUCGAGGAGGAGGCACAACUGAUGGAAGAUUACCAGCGCUCCAAAUCGUUACCAAGAGGAUACGAAACGCAUGAGUUGUUUGUGCAGAGCCACGAGGCCCUCGGUGGUGAGGGGGUAAUGGGCGGCGCAGCAACCACGAUGGAUGGAAGCAGGUUGAUGAACGAUUACUAUAGCAGCGUGGUGGCAUCGGCGAACGGGAACAGUUAUCCCGUGUCGUUGAUCGAUCGUCAGGCCGAUCUUUACACCGGUCACUUUGAGACAGGGUUGCAGUCGAAGUACAUCACCAAUGAGAUGAAUAGCGGCGGAGGUGUUGGUAGAUCGUCGGGAUUGAGCAAUUCGUAUCAGGCCAAUUCCUAUCUCACUAGCGGAAAUGCAGGAAUUUCGGCAAGUGCUUUAGGAGGCUUGAAACGAAAAACGGAAUCCAUCCAAAGUCUCACUAAUACCGAUGCGGAGCUAGAUCCGGUGUUUCAGAGCGAGGCCGCAAAGCAAAUUAUUAACGAGAUGGCGACUGGAACGAACAUGGCUGUGGGUGAGAAUAGUGGCGAUUCGUCGGGCAGUGGAGAAACGAAACCUCCCGCAAGCAAAGAUGAGCAGCAGUAUCAGCAGCAGCAACGCCAGCAGGCACAGCAAAAUCGCCAGCGCCGAGCCGUCCCGAAGGAGAAACGUCGGCAUCAUACAGCUCCGCAUCACGUGAACGCAAAAUCGAUCGAACUGAUGCACAGCGAAAACGAUAUGAAUAAAAAUAACGUUAACUGGAGAGCGCGUGACGAUGUUGAUCUUGAGGUGACGAUACGGCCACGUUCUAACGCACCGGAUGUGGUGCGAUCGGCGCUUGGACCACGGGAAAAAAUUUCCGAACACACCAUCGACAAAUUGCUGGCCGCGCCGAGUAAGAUUCUCAUCCCCGAACGCUACGUUCCGGAACAGACGCCCGAACUGUCACCGGAGGAGAAACGACGUCGGCAGGAAAAGGUGGAAGCAAUUAAGAAAAUGCUCUCAGACACUCCGAUUGGAGGUGGUGCCGGUAGUAAUGAAACCGGACCUAAUCCUGUUCCGAACGCGGAAAAGAAGCAACGUGAACAUCUGAUUCAACUCAAUCAAAUUCUCGCCCAGCAAGUGAUGCAAAUGAGCAAGAUUGUGGCAGGCAACCCAAACCAUCAUUCAGCCACUAAUGCACAAAAGUAGUUAGGAUGGGCUUGCCUUUGCAUGUGCGUUGAAUGAUGCAGCAGUAGCGUGUUGCGUGUGAAUGUGUGUCUGCAUUUAAGAGCUUGAAACACCUCUAUAUACAGAUUGAUGUGCACGUAUACAUUACCGUGUGUGUGUGCAUCACCGAAGCUCU